CAACGCCUCUUUCCCGCCGUCUCUCUCUCGCUAUCCGACGAAGAGUCUCCGAACAGUCGACGACCGCAGUCCUCUCAAGACCAUUCCGCCCUGAAUUAUGAUCUCCUCUGCUCAAUUUAGUAGACCCAAGGAAGAGCUGGGGAAAUGCUAUUAUCAACAUCCCUGCGUUUACUCUAUCCUGCUAUCUCAUUUAGUUCACUACUUAAGCUCAAGUCUUCAACUCCAAGGUGUUUUCGUCUUCAAGAACCAAUGGUCGGUUCAGGUUCGGCUAUGGAUAGUUCAAGUUGCACGUUGGUGCUGUGUGGGAAGUCGUCGGCAGAGAAUGAAAUUGCUGAGUCUCUGAAGAAGAAUGAUACUAUUAAGCUUUCUGAAAACAGUGACUUGUCUGUGUUCAUGAAAUCAGAAGUUGAUAAAUUGUAUAAGCAGGAGGAGAAAUCUUUCGAUCUGGAACUUUACAUGAAUUGCCUUUCAACACAGCGAUUCGGGAGACUUUUAAUUUGGUCCCCCCUAAUAACUUCCACUCAUGAUGUUGUUUCCAGCAAUUUUAGUGAUCUUCCGAUUGGCACAGUUUGUGUCGCUGACAGACAAUAUAAAGGACGGGGUCGAUCAAAGAAUGUUUGGGAAUCUCCUGUUGGUUGCUUACUGUUUUCAUUCACGGUUCAGAUGGAGGAUGGGCGAGCAGUUCCUUUGCUGCAGUAUGUCGUUUCACUUGCUGUUACAGAGGCAAUAAAGGAAGUUUGUGAGAAGAAUGGAUUACCUUAUAUUGACGCUCGAAUAAAAUGGCCAAAUGAUAUUUACUUGAAUGGCCUCAAGGUUGGAGGUAUUUUAUGCACUUCGACCUACAGAUCGAAGAAGUUCAAUAUUAGUGCUGGCAUUGGUUUGAAUGUUGAUAAUGACAAACCGACUACAUGCUUGAAUGCCUUCCUAAGAGAUAUGUCCCCUGCAGCUUGCUGCUUAACCAGAGAGGAAAUUGUGGCUUCAUUUUUCAACAAAUUCGAAAAGCUUUAUGACUUAUUUAUAAACCAAGGUGAAUAUCCUUUCAAAUAGAAGAAAAAAUAACGGCGAAGAAGUUGCAUGUUGAAUUUAUCUUUCUGUUUUUUUUUUUAUCUCAAAAUUAAGAAGGUUGGAAGUAAGCAGAAGUGAUCUCUUGUGUCUACUUUUUCCAUUAAAUUUUAGAAUCAGAAGACUUUCGUCCAGAGCUUAUGUUGUGUCUUUUCUUUUGAACUCCUGCGGUUUCCUAGAAUAUAGUUCUUACAGACUUGGUAAAUAUAAGCAGUUGCAUUCUAGGGCUACAUGAGUCCUCGAUUUUUUUUUUUUUACCUCGGUGUGCAAUUGCAUUUCUAGAUUUGUCGACUUUUAUGUACUUAUUCAUUACAUUGAUCCACAGGAUUUGGACCUCUGGAGGAACUCUACUAUGGAACUUGGCUGCACAGUGGGCAAAGAGUAAUCAUUCAAGAAAACAAUAAGGAUCAAGUUAUGGAGAGUGUGGUAACUGUUCAGGGUUUGACGUCUUCGGGGUAUUUGUUGGCUAUGGGUGACGACAAUCACAUGUAUGAGCUUCAUCCUGAUGGAAAUAGUUUUGACUUCUUCAAAGGAUUAAUCAGACGGAAACUUCAAUGAAAGAUGCAUGCAGCCAAGGAAAGUUGGAGUUUUUUCUAUGCCAACAGACAAACAGUUUCAUGAUGGUAUAUUGUUGUAUCCUUUGAACAGCUUUUCUGGCAUGAUCUGUACCUUUAAAGCUAGAGGCAAUCCUAAAGUCCAAAGGUUUCCGAGUCGAGACAAGUUUUGGCCAAUAGUUCUGUUUGAUUUUGUGGUUAUGCAGCUGCGUACGUGAAAUGGUACAGCUUUUGAGGAUGCAUGUUAAGUCAGGAUCUCUGUGUUGCAUCUUUUGUCAAAUAUAUAGGACACCUUAUACACUGUUAGCUCCAAAUCCUGCAACGAACCUGAUCAUGCCCCAUUACGCCAAGUUUCUGUGAUUGACCGGAAUCAAAGACGGCAAAACUGAUGUGCUGUAUAUAGAAUUAUAGAUACACUUAUGUUAUUCCUCUUGUAGUGUUGAAUGCUGCUAUAUCUCCCCUAAUCUUCAAUUCCGGAAGGCUUCUCUGAAUUCUCCUUAUCACCAACACGAAAGUAGAACGAUUUGAGCUUCGGAGCAAAAACUUCCACUAGUUCAAUUUAUGGCGGCGGCAUUAGGAUUUUGGGAUUGGAUUUGUGCAACUGGAGAGUCUCUAGAGAUCCAUGGACAUUAUGCGCUGCCAUUGCUCCUGCCAUAUUGUGGAUGCCAGUUGCGGUACACAUUGCUAAUACGACCCUGGCAGCAGCCAUGUAUUGCAUUACGCCGUCAAAUAGUUCUGUACCAGCUGAAUGUCCACAAAGUGCCUCUCCCCGAAGGUCGAAGCUAAUGGCACGGACCACGGUCGACUCAAAUCGAAGAGAUAUGAACUUGUCCACGUGUUUCUGGAAAUCGGACUUAUUACUGAAGCUGGAGUUCCUGCUGAAGUUGACAGGGACGGGGAUAUCUUUCCAUAAGCAUCUCCACCUUCUCGACAGAAUGCUGGUUUGGACGACAGAUCCAGUGUCGAGGAAGGAUAGAAUGUGAUGCAGAAUGUUGUUUGAAAGAUGGCUCACUCUGUCUAUCACUCUAAUGCUGAUGUUAUUAACACUGAUUGUUUCGGAUUUUGGCGAGUACUUUGAUGAAGCCAUAGCAGCUCUUCAAACGAAUAUUGCUCGUUUUGAUGCACACAGAAAGCUAUAUGUAUAUGCAUGUUCUGAAC